AUAAAUCGAAUCUGUGAUUUACUGAGGAGAGAUUGAGAAGAUGGCAAUGUUGGUAUUUUUGGUGGCUUUUCUUCCGGCUGUACUGAUGAGCGAAUGCAGACAUGAUGAAGAAAUGCUGGUCGACUGUUCUGAAAUUUAUAAAUCAGGUCAAACGCUUGGUGGGAUUUAUACCAUUUAUCCAACAUCAGACAUUCCUGUCAGGGUUAACUGUCACAUGAUCUCAUGUGGGAGUGAUGAAGACAGUGGAGGAUGGACGGUGAUUCAGAGGAGAAUGGACGGCAGUGUGAAUUUCUAUCAGCCGUGGAAAGAGUACAAGAGAGGAUUUGGAAAUGUGGAGGGAGAAUACUGGCUGGGGCUGGAGAACAUCUACCAAUUGACACGUAAGAGGAAGUACGUGCUGAGAGUAGAUAUGGAGGACUUUGAAGGAAAUAAAGUUUUCGCUCUGUACUCGUCCUUCUCUGUGGAUUGUGAAACGGAUGGAUAUCAGCUGCAUGUUUCAGGAUUCACUGACGGAGGAGCUGGCGACUCUUUAUCUACUCACAAUGAUCAGAAGUUCUCCACUUUUGACAAGGACCAAGAUCCCUGGGCAUAUAACUGUGCCAAAUAUCAUCUCGGGGGAUUUUGGUACAACAGCUGUCACAAUGCAAACCCCAACGGUCUCUAUUUAUGGACAGAAGCUUCCCCUCAUAGCACCAUUGGUGUUGUUUGGUUAACCUGGAAGGAAAACAGUAUGAAAUCCAUCAUCAUGAAGAUCAAACAUGUGAUUUAG